ACACUGAUCACAGAAAGGUUGGAAGGCGAUGUUACAUCUGAUUUCUAUGCUUUUACUUUCACGUUUUAUCUAUGAGUUUCCUCUGUCGCUUUGCAGUAUUUCUUCAGAAAACAUAGGAGACAGGAAAUACAAAACAAAAACAACACAACUGCAACUGUCUCCCCUCUUAUUUCGAGAGGUUUUCCAACGGCUCUGCGACGUUGUGUUGUUUGGAGGAAUCAACGGCUCCUUUAUCUGGGAAACUUCAUCUGGCGAUGCAAAUGAACGGAGUCACCUGUGUACGUUGAGACUUAAAGACAACAGUAGGUGUUUUUAAGUCAACCCAAGUUUCUUAAAAGUGGACGAAAAAGAUAUUUUGACGCCUGUAUUGAAGGUGUAAUUACUUCACACUUGCAACAUGGCUGCUGCUGGAACGACAGUGAGAAAAGUUUGACACUGACGUGGGAGAAGUUUUAUGUGAAUGCUGGUUGGUACAUGCGUUUUCUGGCAGACCAUAAAGCCGCCGACAGACUCCCCCAGCCUGGCACUGCUCUCCCCGGACCUACAGCCCCAGUGGAUGAACCGUGUGAGACCCCCCUCCUCCUCCUCUGUAGUCGCCGCCGACAGUCACUGCAGUGGUGGACUUUGUGGAGAAACUGUGGUUGCUUCUUCUCCAUCGUAAGCUGCGGUGGCGUCAAGGACCUCUCGUCGGGCUGUAGUGUAAUUGAGCUAAAAUGCAUUUUUCAAUCCCUGAAACGGAGGUUCGUUCGGGAGAAAAUGGAUCAACAUAUGUGGCCUACAACAUCCACGUCAAUGGCGUGCUGCACUGUCGAGUACGCUACAGUCAACUUCUCGGCCUCCAUGAACAGAUAAAGAAAGAAUAUGGCAGCAAUGUGGUGCCCGCAUUUCCUCCAAAGAAGAUCUUCACGCUGACUCCUGCAGAGGUCGAACAGAGACGAGAGCAGCUAGAGAAAUACAUGCAGGCUGUGCGUCAGGAUCCUUUAUUGGGAACCAGUGAAAUGUUCAACAGCUUCUUAAGAAAAGCACAGCAGGAGACACAGCAGAUUCCCACAGAAGAAGUGGCUUUAGACAUCUGCCUGUCCAAUGGUCAGAAGGUCACCGUCAACAUCCUGACCUCAGAUCAGACGGAGGAUGUCCUUGAUGCUGUUGCAGCAAAGCUCGACCUUCCAGACGACCUUGUUGGUUACUUCAGUCUCUUCCUCGUCAGAGAAGGUGUGGACGGAGGUUUAACUUUUGUACGGAAGCUGCAGGAGUUUGAGCUGCCUUAUGUUUCCAUAACCAGCUUGCGGAGCUCUGAAUUUCACAUAAUCCUGCGGAAAAGCUACUGGGACAUGGCAUAUGAUAGUGAUGUCAUGGACAACAGAGUUGGCCUGAAUCUGCUCUACGCCCAGACAGUGUCUGACAUUGAGAGAGGCUGGAUACUUGUCAACAAAGACCAACACAGGCAGCUCAAAUCACUGCAGGAAAAAGGCUCUAAGAAAGAGUUUAUCCACCUAGGUCAGACCCUCAAAUAUUAUGGCUAUAUCAAGUUUGAUCCAUGUAUUACCGACUUCCCCGAGAAGGGCUGCCAAGUCAUUGUCAGCGCGGGCAACAAUGAGCUCAACUUCCACGUCAAGCUGCCCAACGAACAGAUGAAGGAGGGGAGCUUCAAGGUCACGCGCAUGAGGUGCUGGCGAGUCACAUCCUCACAAGUCCCAAUAGCAAACGGCACAACAAAUCCCUGCAGCUCAUCCAAAUGUGAAGUAAAGCUGGAGCUGGCCUUUGAGUAUCUGAUGAGCAAGGACCGUCUGCAGUGGGUCACCAUCACAAGUCAACAGGCUAUCAUGAUGAGUAUCUGCCUCCAGUCGAUGGUGGAUGAAUUAAUGGUGAAGAAGUCCGGUGGAAGCAUAAAAAAGAUGCUGAGAAAACGACACAAUGGCUCCAUCCACCGGUCAGACAGUCAGCAAGCUGUGAAAUCCUCCCCUCUACUGGAAUCUCCUGACCAGAACCGUGAACAAAUUGUCAAACUCUCAACCAAGCUGAGCUCGGUGUCCCUCCGAGGAAUCAGCGCCUCCAACUCGGCCAACGACAUCAGUGGCAAUGAUUUUCACGGAAACUACGCUUUCGAGGGAAUCGGGGACGAUGACCUGUAAGCGCCGACCCUCCUUCCCUCCGCCCCCCCACCCCCCUUCAUUCCGCUCUCAGCAAAUGGGACGACAAAGAUUACAAGCUGAGCUGAGCCGAGCCGAGCGGACCACACAGGCGUCCGAGUCUGCGAGAUUGUAGCUUCUUCCUGGAGAAAUUGCUGCCUUAAGCUCUCACCAUAUUCCUUUCUCAACUCUAAAAGCUUGUGAUUUGUAUUUUGGCUUCAAUCAUUUCAAUUGAAACUCUGUCCCUGUGUUGUCAAACUUGUGGCCACAUACAGUAACAAGCAUGUAAAGCUACAGGUACUCAAAUAGGGGCGCUUUCAGUACAUCAUGGUGUGAAAACUUCUAACUUUAGAUUCAUUACUGUGUCAUCAACAGUAUGAGUGAAGUUCUAUAAUGCAGUUAGAUUCUUGAGGUACAAGUAAAUGAAAUAUAUUUAAACUACAUGAAGAAACCUCCCUCAGUGGCUGCAUGUUCCCUCCCAACUAGAGAGCCAAAUGUUGAGUUUGACCUGGCACUAGUGAUAAACAGCAGAGCUGGAUCUUUAAAGGUCCAGAGUCCAGUGAAUGUGAUAAAAUUGAUCUGAAAACUGUAGACUUUCACAGUAACCGCUAACUUUAUGUAUGAUAAACAUUUGGCUUGGCUUUAAACCAAAAUGUCCUGUUUUUAUACCGUAAGUGAUCCUGUGUGUGUCAUGCUACUCAUGUGCCAAGUCAAUACAUGUCUCAGCAGAUUAUCAGUCAUGUUUUUAGAGGCACAGUCACUCAUACUGCCUUCAGAAAUAGUCUGAUGCCUUAACUCUUACUUUUUUUGCCUCAUGGGCUACCGUAUCACUCAACAAGAUAUUGGCUGAAACUUAAAGUAAGCACGAUUUUCAGCAGGCAUUUCCUAAAUCUUGCAGAACUUGAUGGAAGGUUGAUUGGGCCAAGCUCCUUGCACUUGCUGAAGCCAUCAUUUUGCACAGUAUUACAGAUGGAGGUGAAUGUUUGAGUAGAAGCUUGAGCAUGACUUUUGGACAUUGUGUGGAGCUCUGUAAAUCCAUUUAUGAUUUUUUUUAAGGACCAAUUUUUUAAAGGUUUCUCAUAAAUGCCAAAUUAUAGUUUACUAAAGCAUUUUGCACAAAAUAAACAUAAAAAUUAUGACAAUGUCACUUUUUAUAUUAUGUACAUGCAAUUAAGUAUUCUGAACAUUUACUAAUACUUUAUCAUCAAUAGCUUAUUGUAAUCAAAUAGAUCAAAUGUAAUCUACGCUGUAUAGAACACAGUUUAAAUGGACUAACAUGUAUCAGUGUUUACAUAAUGUGUAGAGGAGUUUUUUAGUUAUAAUGUAAAGUGUUUACAAAUUUUGCAUCUGAUUUUCUUUGUUUUAUUUUGGGGCGAGUGCUGGUGUUGUAGGAGCAUUCCUCCCAGCUUCAGUUCAUUGUAAUUUGGAUGUACGUUGUGCCAAUCAUCUCAGAGGAUUUAGAUAGGGUGCUUUUGAUGAACGGGCUAAUGUGAUCACGAUCUAGUGCUGGAGAACAAAGUUUAUAAUGAGCGAGCAACAAAAUGAACAUAUCUGCUUUUUUUAUAGAUUUGUCAUUCCAUUUUUAUAUCAGUCAGCGUAUUUUUAAACCUCUAUAUGUAAACUGAUGCCAACCUAUCAACAGCUUUACUCUCUCUGGUAGCCAGAACUGUAAACGAAAUGUUCUCAAUAGAAAUGUCGUGUUCUGACAUUGCAAAUCAUUUUUUAAUUUCCUGUUUUAUUCCAUGUAUGUGGAAGCUACAAGGUCCCGGAUGUUCAGAAAUCUGUAGGUGCCAAAUUUAAAGUGCAUUUAUCAUUAGCGUCACCUUUCUAGCAAUUGUCAGACUUCUUGAAGAUUGUAUUGACUUCAUUUAUUGUACCAUGUUUCAUUUUGAGUGGUGAGGUCAGUGACAGCUGUCAUGAUGCUACAAUAAACUCUGAAAUUAGCUAA